AUGAGUCUAUUUCAAGAUCUAAAUAUACUUAUUGUGGUCACUAAUCCUUCUCAGAUAGUAAACGCAAAAUCUACACAGCUUCUAUUGGAAGAGAAUGGAUGCAAUUGCUGUAUUACAUACAAUUCAUAUGAUAAACCUCAAGAUUUACAAAAUGUUUCAUCAAUUAAGAAAUGGUUUUAUGAAGAAUUUACUACCGAUGGGAAAUGCUCAGAUAUACAUUUCAUCAUCGCCGAAGAUAUAAAUUUUAAUUUUUAUAAAGCUUGUGCAUUUGAUCUAUUAAUCCCCGUAAUAAAUUCAAAUUGGGUUCAUGAUUCUCUCAACUGUAAUAGAUUGAAUAAGACUACGAUAUAUUCUCCAAAUCCUUUGCAUAUCUUUAAAGAUUAUGAGUUUUAUAUCUCAAAAUGUACAUUCAAUAAAAGUGAAUAUUUUUUUUAUACACAUUUAAUUAUAUCAUUAGGUGGAUCUUAUACAGAUGUUCUUUCGUCAAAUAUAGAUUUCUUAAUCUCAAGAUCAUAUAUGGAUCCAUCAAUAGUUGUGGUCCAAAAAGGUGAGAUUUCAAAUAAUAUUAAAUUUAUUUUCCCAACAUGGCUUUUACAAUGUUUUAAAGCAAAUUAUGAAGUACCAUGGGAAUCUCAUUUAUUAACAAAAGAAAAUAGCUCUCAAUUGAAUGAAUUAUGGUCAUCAUUACAUACUUCUAAUUUUAAUUCUAUUUCGAAUGUUUUAAAUGGGAAAACAUUUAAAUUGGAUCAAAGUUUAAAAUUAGAUCAUAACGUAUUGGAAUUCUUGAAUGAUUUUAUUACAUUUGGGAAUGGUCACCUAACCGAUACUUUAGAUAGUGAUAUGACUAUAUUAAUUGCAUGUGAAGCUCAGGCUGUAAGACCACAACGAUGUAUGACAGCUAAUUUACUUUGGUUAUUCGAUACUAUGAAAUUAGAAGAAUAUGUUUGCCCAGAUUCAAAAAUUAUUUAUAAACCAUUCAAGGAUAAAAUAUUCGAUGAACAUAUCAAUCUCUUAAAUGCAAGUUUUACCAAAUAUUUUGGUUAUCAGAGGCUUUAUAUUAAAUUAUUGAUUGAAAGAUUGGGUGGGAAAGCAAGUACAGAUUUUUCAAAGAGAAACAAUUUUUUAAUUUGCCAAAUACCAAGAGGUAGAAAAUAUAAUACUGCAAUGACAUUAUGGAAAAAUAAAUGUACCGUGGUUAAUCAUUUAUGGCUUGAAGAUUGUUAUUUAUUAGGUGAAAAAUUGGACCCAACUUUGAAAAAAUAUAGUAUCGUUCCCGUUGAAAAUGGGUUAGAUAAUCAUAUCAACCAAGUAGCUAACAGUUUACUAAUCAAAAGUUCAUCUGAUACUCAUCUUGAUGUUAAUAACAACGAUAAUAGAAAUCAAUUGUCUCAAUCAGGGACUCAAAUAACGAUUCCAAUUGACGAAGAAAAACAUGAUCUAAUUGAUGAUCCAAUUGAAGUUCCAUCUGAUGAUCAUGAACGGUUACCACCAAGAAUUGAUAACACCCAAUUUUCUGUUGAGAGUGAUGGCCUUAGAAGUAGUGUUGAAAACGAACGAAUCAUAAACAGAUCGUUGAAUGUAUUAAGAUCAGGGUUAGACCUAUUGAGUAAGACGCAAAGCAAUAUAACGGAUAUGAGCGAUGUCGGAUCUCCCGUAGUACCCGAUGUACCAGAGACUAAAGAACAGGAAGCAACACCGAGCUUGUCCUCAGCGUUGUCUUCUUCUAAUUAUAUGACUGCUAGUAUGGGUCCCGCAGCCCGCAAUUUAAACGAGCAAUUGACAAAGAACGAUAAGAUUGAUAGCGCCAAUGAAGAUGACAAAUCAGAAAACAACGAUAAACGAACCAUUGACGAAGACAUUACGAGUGAAACAAACAAGAAAAGAAAAACCGUACAAUUACAGGACAAGCUAUCCCUAUCAGCUUCGCCAUCACCCAGAUCAAACAAUGGUAGUACUACACCACAGGGUGAACGGGAUUCAACAACGAGCAAAGCUUAUGAUUUAGUUAUAAACUUUAUUGAAAAAUCAUUGAUAAACAAUUCAACCAAUUCUAACAGUAAUACUGAUUCGUUAUUGCCGAUAUAUGAUAUACGUGCUAUUCAGACAUCAUGUCUUGAUAAGAUUUCUAAACUUGAUAUGGAGAUAUUAAGAAUUUUAGGUAUUCAAUUAUUUAGCGAAAUUCAUGAAUCAUAUCAUUUGAAUUCUAUAUUUGCACCAAAAGUGCUUCGAACUAAAAAAUUCCUUCAAAGUUUAUCAUUUUCACCAUUAAAAUAUGCUUUAAAACCUGACUUCAUCGAUGAUCUAUUAAAAAAUAUACGCCGUGGUGGUAAAUCAAGAGAUACAUUUGAGACCAUUGAAGAACUCAGAGACAAUGCAAGUGGUAAACUGCUAUCAUAUUACGCAAUUCCUGAAAUUCCUGAAAUUAUUAAAACAAGAACAACACUACCGACAAAAGUAUUUGAAAGGGAAGGUAUUGAAACUGUAAACAUAUUCGCAGACAUUGCCGGUGGAACAAAUACAAUUACAGAUAUUUUAAAAUCUCAUGGUAUACAGCACGUCAAUAUAUUAAACUCAAAAUUUACCGCAGACGAAAUACUAAAGAACGAACACGUACGAAGAGAAGAAGAAAACGAAAUAAUACCAGACUAUAUAGUAAUUGUUACCAAACGUUCUCAAGUGAAACGAUUAACACCGAUGCUUGAAAUUGAAGGGACACCUUUAAACACCAGUAAUGUCUCUAUCGUUGAAUGGGAUUGGUUUGUCAAAGCCAUGUUCAAUUUGGAAGUAAACUUUAAGUCUCAACAAGAUGUUCUUCACUUUCAAAAAGCGUCAAAAAAGAACGACACUACAUCAGUUUGA